AUGUCAGAAAGUGAUGAAGAGUUCGAUGAUACGAGGAUCGAAACACCGAGGGCCCUCAGGAAUGAUAUUUCUCAUCUAAAUUCAAGCGCUCAUUUCUUAGAAAAUGAGAAUGAAGAAUUCACUAAAGCCACCGAAAGCCAAAGAACUAGCAUCAACAUACCAUUGAGAGAUUCGCCAGCGUUUCAAUUUUCACAAAUAGGUCAGCGAUCGAAGACUCUUGGAAGUACAAAUGGCACCCCGAAAAGAAGAACUUUUAACGAGCAUGUGAGUGUAUCAUAUUCAUUACCUACUGAAUCCAAAGAGGUAAUACCGUCUGAAACUGUGGAACUACCUUCGAAUAAGGGAUAUGGUGGAUCCCAUGGAGAAACUAAUAAUCAGCUUGUUUAUUCUAGCCCGAUAAGAAAGCAGAGUUCACGUCGGCCAAUUUUCAAUUCACCUCCAUCCAAUUUGCAAAUUCAACCUUUGAGAUUUGAUGAAAGUUUACAACAGCGAAGAAGAAAGAGUAGUACACAAAAGUUUGAAGUCAAUGACCUGGCCAAUAGAUCUGUGAACAGAAUUCAGCUACCAGAAACUGAAUUGUCCACAAAAACUGAAGAUAUCGUCUCAAUAACAAAAAAGCAUGAUAAGGAAACUCCUUCACCUACAUUCACUGACAAGAGAAUGGAUAAAGGAUCGAUCUCGAAGCAAAAUUCUUCGCGAAAGGAUGGCCCUGAAAACAAAAUGGAGACAGAGUAUAUGGAAAUAUCGCGUGCAAACUUGCUUGAAAGAGUUAAUCAGACUUUAGAUUCAAUAUCGUCGCCUGAUCACCGGCGUUUCAGUUCACCCCGCUUAUCUCAGGAAGCUGUAACUGGAAAAGCAGUGGAAAUUGAUUCUUCUUCAAGUGACUCGGAUGCCUUUGUUAAAGAUCUAAACAUAGUCAAACGCAAUAGAAGUCCAAUUCUCGGAUACUCAACACCAAAAAUUGAUGUGAAAGGUACAACAGUUCUACAAAAUAAAGAAGCCAUCAACAGUGAACUAUAUUCGGACUUAAGAGGGGAAUCUACUUUAACAAAAAUGUCACCAGAAACCAAAUUAAACCCUUCAAAUAACGAACUAAAUGGACAAAUUGCACACGGAAAGUACUCAUUUUCACACGAAUGGUCCCCAAAGAAGUGGAAAAUGCUUUUCAGGAUUGUACAACUGAACAAAAUCAGCAUCGAUGAUGCAAUGAAUAGUCAAAUUUUGAUUGAGGAGCUCGGAUGCACUAGCAAACAUGAAUUAAGACAAAGGAUAAACUUUUUGCUUAAAUUUGAUAAGUUGAAGCGGAAAAAGGUCCCAAAUUCAACUAAUAGAAGAAUUCAUAAGGAUUAA